AAAGAAAUAUUCACGGGAGAAAUUAACGAAACCGGCAAACUACCACAUAAAUAUCAAUGCAGAAGUCAUUGAUUAUGAAGGAAUGAGACUGGAUUUUUCAGGAAUUGAGUUCCCAAUUACCAAAAAAGGAAUAAAUCAGUUCGAGAAAAAAAAUAAAGAUUUUAGCAUCAAUGUGUAUGAAAUUGAUAAUGACGGUAAAAAAAUUGUGGGACCUACAGUUAAAACUCAAGAGAUUCUACCAAACCACGUUAAUAUAUUAGGCAUUAAUAACCGUCAAAAUAUGCACUAUGCCUAUAUUACGUGCAUCAAAAGAUUAUGCGGCUCGCAGCAUUCAAAAUCGCACGCAGGAAAAUAUUUCUGUGAUAACUGUCUACAGUUUUAUACAACAACGAACACUACCCACAAUAAGCUUGAAUGUGGAAAAGUGGCUUCGUACUAUCCUGAACCUAAUACGACCACUUCUUUCAAUGGAUAUCAUAAGAAGCUAUCACCUCCAGUAGUUAUAUAUGCAGACAUAGAGGCGGUCCUUGAAAACUAUGAGAUCUGCUUAAAUAAUCCGGCUACUUCGGCAACAACAAAGGUGCAAAAACAUUCAGCGUGCGCGGUAUCCUUCUACAUUGCACACAAAUAUGAUCCAACUCUGAAUGAGUUAUGGACAUAUGAAGGUGAAGAUUGCAUUAAGCAAUUUUGUAAAACUCUCAAAGAAAGGACUUUGAGUUUAUUUUACAAAUAUUGGGCCACAGCAAAAAGUCCCAGUACAGAUCCAAUCGAUGACUUUGAUCAAGAAGGAAGUUGCUGCGCCUGUGAAAAGGUAAUCAACGAUGGCGACCUGGACAAACACUUCGACCAAUUUUCUGGGAAAUACGUAGGUCCUAUUCAUAAGAACUGUAAGCCAAAAUAUAAAUUAAGCGAUCCAUUUUUUCCUGUAGUUUUUCAUAAUUUAUCUAAGUAUGAUAUACAUUUAUUUAUUACUGAAUUGGAAGGAGAUUUAAACCCCAUUCCUUGUAAUAAAGAAUUGUACAUAGCUCUUACACAAACUAUAAAACUAAAUGCAUUAAAUAGAUAUAAAAUUAGGUAUAUAGAUUCAGUACGGUUUCUAAAUUCUAGCUUGGAAAAAUUAUCAAGCUAUAUGGAAGAUAGGGAUUUUAAAAUUCUCGCAACCAAAUUUCAAGGAGAAAAAUUCAGACAAAUGCGUAGGAAGGGUGUAUUUCCUUAUGAUUACUUGGAUAGCUUUGAAAAGUUUAACGAAACCCAGCUUCCUAGCAUUGAUAGUUUUUAUAAUUCUCUUAGCGAUGAAAAUUGUAGUGUUGAAGAUUAUAGUUUUGCACAGAAAGUUUGGGACACUUUUAAUUGUAAUACUAUAAGGGAUUACUUAAAGCUUUAUUUAGAAAGUGACGUUUUAAUUUUAGCCGAUGUCUUUGAAAACUUUCGAAAUAUUUGUCGUAGAAUUUAUAAGUUAGACCCCAUAAACUAUGUAACUGCUCCCUCCAUAUCAUGGGACGCAAUGUUAAAGUUCACCAACGUACACUUAGAAUUAAUAAGUGAUGGUGAUAUGUAUAACUUUUUAAAAAGAGCUGUAAGAGGGGGCUUAACACAAUGCAGUCAAAGAAUUUCCAUAGCAAAUAAUAAGUAUUUAAAUAACUUUGAUCCUAGCAAACGAAAUAAUUUCUUAAGUUACAUUGACGCAAAUAAUUUAUAUGGAUGGGCUAUGAGUCAGCCCUUACCACUUUCAGGGUUUAAAUUUUUAACUAGGGAAGAAAUCGCAUUAUUUGACUAUAAAAAUAUAUUAUCUGAUGGUGAUGUAGGAUAUAUGUUAGAAGUUGACCUGGAAUACCCUCCUAAUCAACAUGACUCUCAUAAUUAUUUGCCUUUUUGUCCUGAAAAUAAAGUUCCCCCAGGAGGCAAGCAGGCCAAACUGAUAGCAGACUUAACUAACAAAAGUGGGUACAUAAUUCAUUUAAAACAGCUUCAGCUUUGUUUACAGCAUGGCUUGAUUUUGCGAAAAAUUCAUAGGAUUUUGUCAUUUACACAAUCAUGCUGGUUAAAACCCUAUAUUGAUUUAAAUACUAAUCAAAGAAAAUUAGCACGAAAUGACUUCGAAAAAAAUUUUUAUAAGUUAAUGAAUAAUGCCGUAUACGGAAAAACUAUGGAAAAUGUUGAAAAGCGUCGUAAAGUAGUUCUAGUAAAACAUUAUGAGUCUAGACAAAAUUCUCCAGGCUUUAGGCAACGUAUAGCUAGAAAUGAUUUCCAUAGCGUUGAGUUAUUUGGAACGGAUUUAGCGGCAAUUGAAUCGACACCAUCACAAAUAAUGUAUGAUAAGCCCAUAUACAUAGGAGUAGCAGUUUUAGAAUUAUCAAAGUGGCUUAUGUAUGAAUUUUAUUACAACUUUCUAUUAGUUAAAAGUCCAUCUACGAAAAUAAUAUAUAUGGAUACAGACUCCUUUAUUUUGUCAUCAGAGGAUGAUUUCUAUGAGACUAUAAAAGCAAAUCCCGAUCGCUUUGAUACCUCAAAUUAUAAGUUAGAAAAUAAAUACCAAAUAAUUCAGGCCAAUAAUAGAGAACCAGGAAAAAUGAAGGAUGAACAUGCUGGAGAUGUUAUGACUUCCUUUGCUGGUCUUAAAGCUAAGGCAUAUUCUUGUGUAGUUGCAAAAGAUAAAAAUAAAACAGAAUCUAUUCAAAAAAUUAAAGGAGUUAAAAAAUCUGUUAUUAAAAAACUAAGUCAUACUGAUUAUAUUGAAUGUAUAAAAUAUAAAAAAACAUUUUAUGGAGCACAGCGUGUAAUUCGUAGUAGAUCACAUACUUUGUAUACAGAAAUUAUGAACAAAAUAAGUCUUAAUUAUAAGGAUGAUAAGAGAUAUAUUUUACCAGAUAAUUGUAAUACAUUAGCUCAUGGUCAUUAUAAAAUUGAACAUAUUAUAAAUAGUGAUCAAGAUAAUAAUCUAUUGUAAAGUAUAUAUGUAAAUAUGUAAAUAUAUUUUGUAUUAUUAAAAUUUUAUUUUAAGAAAAAUAUGUGAAUAAAUAAAUGUUUAAAAAUAUAUCUAAUUGCGUUUUAUUAUUUAAGAAUUUUAUUUACAGGAAUCCACGAGUUGUGGCUA